AUGGCUGGACUCUUAGGAUUCGGAAGCCUUGCUCCCAAGACCAAGAAUGUGGUAGUUGCUGGCGGGUUGUCGGCGUUUGUUUUUGGGGUGUAUUUCUACACCAUGAGAGCUGUUGGAGGGACGGAUGAACUUCAGGUGUUGCAAAUGGCGUUUCUGGUGAUUGUUGUUUCACUAAUUGUAGCGUGGAUAGCUUCAUUGUGCAAGAUUCUCCUCACUGCAAGUUCGUACUCGAAGAACACUUUUCUGAGUGAAGUAUCGGGUGGUGCACCUCACAGGCGAAAUGUUCUGCUUGUUGUUGCUCACCCUGAUGAUGAGUCCAUGUUCUUUUCUCCGACGAUAAACUAUCUGAUUUCAAGGGGUCACAAUGUUCACUUGUUGUGCUUGUCAAUAGGCAAUGCAGAUGGGAUGGGGAGCACUAGAAAGGAUGAACUUUACCAAGCUUGUUUAGUCCUCAAGGUACAACCUCAGCAAGUGAAGAUAUUGGACCAUCCAGAUUUGCAGGAUGGUUUUGGACUGGUCUGGGACCGUGGCUUAUUGUCAAAAACCAUCAAGGAGGAGGUGGUUAGUCGCCAUAUUGACACGGUCCUUACCUUUGACAAUUAUGGGGUAUCUGGCCACUGUAAUCACCGCGACGUGCAUUAUGGUGUACGGACUAAAGGAUAUUCAAAGUUGUUAAACCUUCUCGAGGUCAGUAACAACAUAUUGCGCAAGUAUAUCGGACCAGUUGAUAUCUGGCUGUCCAUGUUGCUCGCCACGAAAUCCGAUAGUAGGGUGGCGUACUGUUUGUUGAAUGAGCAACCAUUGAAGACCUACAGUGCAAUGGCGGCACAUUCGAGCCAAUGGGUCUGGUUUCGCAAGCUCUUCGUGUCGUUCUCCAGCUACACUUACGUGAAUACCCUUCGAAGGAUCGACUAGUCACAGUAGUAGAGGGCCAGAGAUCGUUGUGUGGAAGCAGGUGAUUGACAAUCAGGUUGGAGUUGUGGCCUUGUGGUUUCUGUUUGUUUGUGCUCGAUAUAUGAAAUUCCCACGUAGGAAACCAUUGGUUUGGACUUUAAGUAUUUGUUGCGUUGGAAAAACUAAGGUUCCCAAAUUCUUGUAAGAGAAGAACACGCGGUGUCGUGAAUUGUGAGGGGGCUUCUUCCUUCGUAAGCAAACCAAACGCUGCCUUAGAGAAAACACAUGGAGGGGAACCAUACGACACGUCCGAAGUUAAGCGCACAUAGCUAACCUAUAUUCACAUUACGUGCAAUACAAAUGUAUUUCUUACCUUCCAAUUAAUAGGUUUCCUUGUUGCUAGUAUUUGCUCUUAAAUUAUCACUAGAUUAACUUCUUGAGAUGUCAGUAUCGGAUGUAAAGUAGAACUAAUAGCUGUGUGGAGUGG